GUAGAGCGGCAGUCAUCCGCGUCACUUCAAAGCUUGAGCCUCAUUCUGACAAAAUGGACAUGGCAUCGGGAUACGACGGGCACAUCUCAAAACGACAAAGAACUGAAGAUGGACGAGGAGAAAGGGAAGACCCCCACAAACCCAGUCCAUCUCCUGUGGUCCAUGUGAGGAACCUGUCCGAGGCCACGGUGGAGACCGACCUUGUCCAUGCUGUCCAGCACUUUGGCACAGUCAGCUAUGUAAUCAUGAUGCCAAAGAAGAGACAGGCUUUGAUAGAGUUUGAAGACAUUGAGAGUGCAACAAGUUGUGUCACCUAUGCUGCAAACAAUGCUAUCUAUGUGAGAUCCCAGGUGGCCCUGUUCAAUUUCUCCACCAGCCAGCGAAUCCAAAGACCAGGCGGGCCAGAUGACAACAGAAUUGGGAAUCACAUCCUGCUGUUUACCAUCCUGAGGCCAGAGUAUCCUAUCACAGUGGAUGUGAUGCACACCAUCUGCAGUCCGUACGGAGAAGUCCAGAGGAUCGUCAUCUUCAAGAAGCACGGUGUACAGGCUAUGGUUGAAUUUGAAAAUACCCCAUGUGCUAAGAGGGCGAAGGAAGCGUUAAAUGGAGCCGAUGUCUACUCUGGCUGUUGUACUCUCAAGAUCGAAUUUGCCAAGCCUACUAAACUGAAUGUUGUGAGGAACGAUCCCGAGUACAGCUGGGACUACACCAAUCCUACCUUAGGAAAGGACAUGAACCAGCCCCCACAGAGAAAUGCCCCACUGCUACAGAAUCCACGAUACAGUAGUGGUCCCACCCCUUUCAAUGCUGGAUCAGACCCUCAAGGCAUGGGUCCCAGUGGAGGCUAUGGUACGUAUGUGGGAAAUGACACCUACGAGGAGGAAAACAGACGUGACCACGGACAUGGUCACGGCCAUAGCCACCAGGGUAUGGCAUCAAGUGGUGGGUAUGGGAUGUACGACCAUGGAGAUGCAUAUGGGGGUUAUGGAGCUCACGGCGGUCCUUCAAGGCAGCACUACGGACAUGAGAUGCAACAAGAUAGAUUUGCACCCAAACCGCCUCCACAGGAGCCCAGGGGAUAUGGACGAGGUCCCCCUCACAGUCAGGGAGGCUACCAGGACCAAGGCAUGAUGAACCCUGGAGGACCCGGCCAAGGUGGUGCCAGCCAGGGGGCUGUCCUCAUGGUGUACGGCCUUAACAUGGAGAAGGUCAACUGUGACAAACUCUUCAACCUCUUCUGUCUCUAUGGCAACGUUGUCAGGAUCAAGUUCUUGAAGAGUAAGGAGGGGGCUGCUAUGGUACAGCUGGGCGAUAGCAUGGCUGUGGACCGUGCUCUUCAGAAUCUCAACAACACUUUCUUCUUUGGUAACAAGAUGCAGCUUGGACCAUCCAAACAAGCGUUUCUACAGGAUGUUCCCAACCCCCACGACCUUGUAGAUGGAACUUGUUCCUUCAAGGAUUACAUGGGCAACCGUAACAACAGAUUCACCAACCCAGAGUCCGCCAGUAAAAAUCGUAUUCAGACAGCUUCCAAAAUCCUUCAUUACUUCAACGCACCUCCAAACAUUACGAACGAAGAUAUUGAACAGAUAUUUGAAAAUUCCGAUGCCCCCAAACCUCCCAAGAUCAAACAGUUCCCUACAAAGUCGGAUAGAAGUUCAACAGGCUUAGUGGAGUUUGAAACCAAGGCAGAGGCAACAGAGGCUCUACUCCUGACAAAUCACACCAGUGUACCCAACCCAUCUGGCAAGAAUCCAUAUGUUUUCAAGUUGUGUUUCUCUGCUACACCAAUCCAGUUCUCAUAGUUAUCCGAAAUGGAUACCACACGCAUUUGUCAGGACCCACACCACUGACAGAUGGACACACUGGGAAUCAGAUACAGGAGUGGAGGGGAAGUCUAGUGAAUGGCAAAGUGAACAUUUGUCAGAACAUUCUAUGUUAAAUAUGUUGUCAGCCGUAACAUUUGUUGUAGAUGUAUUUUAGGAAAACCUGAUCAGAAUAUUUUCCUUAACUUCGAAGUUUUUAAAUUCUAAAGCAGUUCAUAUUUGUGUGUACUAAACUUGAUUCAAAGAUUGAAUUGUAUUUGUGCAUAAUCAUGGAUCAGAGGACUGCCGUUAAAUAAAAUUCUGUCAGUGAGAUGAAAUGUAGUGGUAGAUGUUAUGCAGCAUUUGUGUGUAACUUGUACAUUUGUUUAAAUGUGUUGUUAUUAAGCUUCUUUUUUUAAAUAUUAAAUGUGAAAUGAUUUUUUUUUUUUUUUUUAUCAAAACAUGAGUAUGUUAUAAGUUUGGUAUUAUUAUUUGUUAGAAGCAACAGAGAUGCAGUAAGAUUUGGAGAGAAAAUAUAUACAUAAUAUUCUAUAGUGUAAUCAACUGAAGAUGUAGUGAAUUUUGCACCAAAAACAUUAUAUGGACUAUAGAGUCUUGUAUAUAUGGCUAUAAUCAAAAUAUUUUUGUGACAAGUCUCCUGCAUGGAUAAUAUGAAAAAUUGUAUCAAUAUUGAGAAGCUGUGCACUGACAGAGUUCGGGUGAUGUGUAUUGAAGGGUUUUCUGUUGUGUAAUUUUCCAUCUUACUACAUUGUGAAACAUUGUUUUAGGAGCGCUGCAAAUCCUUUUAAAGUAAAGUGUGUUGUUUUUUGUAAAGAUGAAAACAAGUAUUGACAUUGAUGUUAGAAAUAUUAGUUUAAAUGUAGAUUCUUCUUGGAAAAGUUCACUUGUUAUGAUCCAUAUUUUGUGUGAAAUUUCUGUUGCUGAACAGCGACGUCAAUGAUGACUAUUUUAGCAGCUUACACAAGUCCAAUGUAUUUGUACAAAGUUGGAAAUCCGUUGAAAAUGUGUAAUCCUCCCCUCACAUAACUUUCACAUUAAGCAGUCAAGAAAAUAUCUUCAACAAACAUUUUAUAAACUUCAUUUAUAAACCAAUCAUGAUUUUAGAAAUUACAUUGACAACCAAACAAGUUUUUAUUCACAAAUAAAAAAUAAUACAAAAAUUAU